GUUUCUCAUCUGCCGCUGCUGAAGUGAGGGCAGACCAUCUCAAUCGUCUGGACCACAAACAGGUCCGGCCCAUCCCAGUCCAUCAGGUUCAACAGCUGUUUGCACAGAGAAGCGCGUUUUUCCAGAAAGUCCGUUUUGUUCAGAAAAAAACGUGAAGAUGGAGCGCAUGGAAGAUGAUAAGCCCAAGCAGAAGAAAGUCACCUGCUACCUGCUCUACUGCGUGUCCACUGCCGUCAUCGGUUCGCUGCAGUUUGGUUACAACACCGGGGUCAUCAAUGCACCUGAGCAGAAACUGCGUAGGUUCUUCCAAAAUGUUUCUCUGGAGCGCUUCAACGAGCCCUUCAGUCCGGGAGCCACCACCAUGGUGUGGAGUUUUGCGGUGGCCAUCUUUAGUGUGGGAGGCAUGUUGGGCUCCUUCAGCGUGGGGGCCAUCGUCAACAAGUUUGGCAGGAGGAAAUCCAUGCUGCUGGCCAACAUUCUGGCCCUGCUGGGCGGGGCCCUGAUGGGACUCUCCAGCCUGAGUCGCUCUUUCGAGAUGGUCAUCAUCGGACGCUUGAUCAUCGGCAUGUUCUGCGGUCUGUGCACCGGACUGACGCCCAUGUACGUGGGCGAGAUCGCCCCCACCGCCCUCCGAGGGGCCUUCGGCACCCUGCACCAGCUGGGCGUGGUUAUCGGCAUCCUGGUGGCACAGAUCUUUGGUCUGGAGUCUCUUCUGGGCUCGGAUACUCUGUGGCCCAUCCUCCUGGCCUUGACCGCCCUGCCUGCCAUCCUGCAGAGCAUCAUGCUGCCCUUCUGCCCCGAGAGCCCCCGCUACCUUCUCAUUGUCCUCAAGCAGGAGGACGAGGCCAGGAAAGCGCUGGUGCGUCUACGCGGCUGCGAGGACGUGAGCGAGGACAUCGAUGAGAUGAAGGAGGAGGGGAUGCGGAUGGCCAUGGAGAAGAAAGUCACCAUCCUGGAGCUCUUCCGCUCACAGAACUACCGCCAGCCCAUCAUCAUCGCCAUCGUUCUGCAGCUCUCUCAGCAGUUUUCGGGCAUCAAUGCCGUCUUCUACUACUCGACGGGCAUCUUUGCCACGGCGGGUGUAACUCAACCCAUCUACGCCACCAUCGGCGCCGGAGUGGUCAACACCGUGUUCACCGUUGUUUCCCUCUUCCUGGUGGAAAAGGCGGGCCGAAGGACCUUACACCUGAUCGGACUGGGCGGAAUGGCCAUUUCUGCCCUGCUCAUGACCAUUUCCCUUUCCCUGGUGAAAUCGACCCCGUCUCUGAGCUACUUGGCCAUCGUGGCCGUGUUCGCCUUCGUGGCCAGUUUUGAGAUGGGUCCGGGUCCCAUCCCCUGGUUCAUUGUGGCCGAGCUCUUCGCCCAGGGUCCUCGACCCGCCGCCAUGGCCGUCUCCGGUUUCUCCAACUGGACCGCCAACUUCCUGGUGGGCCUUGGUUUCCCCAAACUGGAGGAACUCUGCGGUCCUUACGUGUUCAUCAUCUUCAUGGUCUUGCUCAUCGCCUUCUUCAUCUUCACUUUCCUGCGGGUGCCCGAGACCAAAGGAAGGACCUUCGACGACAUUGCUCAAGGAUUCGCCGCCAGCGCCGCCAAAUCCCCCAGUUCCCCCGCACCCGAAGCGGCGGUUGUGGACCAACCCGGGAGCAAAGAACCUCCGCCCAUGUCCCCCUCGGAAAAGGUCCCCAUGGUGGCUCUUCCCGCGGAGAAUCCCUAAAAGAGAAAGAAGUCAUGUGACAAGAAAGCAGGUAGAAAAGGUCAGUGGGACGACAUCACAUUUGAGUGAGCCUUUUUGUAGUGUCAAACAAAUCACACUUAACAGGGUGCUUUGUUUUUUUUUUUUUGUUUUUCGUUUCAUGUGGAAAUACCAAAAUAAUUAACUGAGGUCCUUGUAAACCUGCUUAAACAGAACCACCGUGCCUUCAGAGUUUGUUGACAUGCCUCGCAUACUGCCUCCUUUGUAAGAGGAUCAACCUGCGUUCAGUGUUCAGAACACCCCCGCCCCCCCGCCCCCGGCCGUCGGCCGCGUUAGAAGGUUACUGGAUUCCAGCUUUUAGAUAUUGAGGUCGGCCUCACAAAGCCAGGCUGACCUC